AUGUCUGGCAGAGGAGGUGGACGCGGCGGUGGCCCUUCUCGUGGAGGUGCUCCUUCCGGUGGUCACGCUGGCGACAAGAAGAAGCGAGAGAGUAUAUUGAACUUGCAGACUUACGUGGAUCAGAGUAUAAGAGUCAAGUUCAUGGGUGGUAGAGAGGUCACUGGGAUAUUGAAAGGAUACGACCAAUUGAUGAACCUCGUCAUGGAUGAAGUGGUCGAAGAGUACGAGAACGGAUCCAUGCCUUCGAGAGAGCUUGGGUUAGUAGUGCUUCGUGGUCCUAAUGUGGUCCUGAUCAGUCCCACGGACGGUUCAGCGGAGAUUGAAAAUCCAUUCAACUGA